AUGAACAGUUUACGGCGAUCACGUAGAGAGGAGCGAGAGCAAACACGCCAAUCCAGCACCAGUCCAAGCGGGGCCGUCGAGGCAGUGCUUCGCUUUGCCGCCGCCGACGAUAAGACCAACCGCGGCGCUGGCAGUCGUGCUAAGACUGACCGCGUCGCCAGCGAGCACAAGACUGAGCAGUGCAUCGCACUAAUAGACUACCACGCGCUCGACGACGACGAGAUCAGCUUCAGGGCCGGCGAUGUGAUCAACGUAACAGAGAAGGGGACUGCCUCUGGGUUCUGGGUGGGCUACGUGGCCACCCCGGUCUCUCCCGCGCUCGCUGCGGCCGAGCUCAGUGACGCGCAGGAGAGUAGCUCUCUCUCGCACUCCCCCAGUGCCUCUCUGCAGUUGCCACAACCCCAGCAGCGCUGCACGCGCGGCCUCUUCCCGAACUGCCUCGUCACUUCCAACAUGCGCCUCAAGCACUCUUUGUCACACUACGCCUUGCAGAAUGUUGCGCUGUGCCUGUACGCAUACCAGGCCACCAGCGAUGGCGAAAUGUCGUUCGCCCACGGCGACGUGAUCACGGCGGUGCGGCCCAGCUCUUCACCAGGGUGGUGGUACGGCGUCAAAAGCAGCGGGCCCGCGUGGGUGGCACCGGGCGCGGCUGCCCCAAACCGUUUUGUCGAUCCGGCAGCCGCCACCGAUUCCUCUGCGUCCCGCGCAGCCCGAAACACAAAGGCGACGAUGGAUGCAGCGCCGCAAGAGGGCACCACCGCUCCGGCUGGUGACGGAAAAGAUGAGGCGCAUCUUUUUCCUACAAACUUCGUGACGUGUGACGUAGUACAGGCCAAUUUCAGCUUUGCCGGUCGCCAGCCGCACGAGCUGAGCUGUAAGGUCGGCGAUAUUAUUCAGGUGCAUCGCCGUUGGAACGAUGGCUGGUGGGAAGGUUCCCUGCGCGGCCGCCGCGGCAUCUUCCCGAGUAACUACACCAUCCCUAAUAUCACCACAACAGCGCCCCCACUCUUUUGCGCGCGAUGCCGCACCGUCUACGCGUCUAGCAUCUUCUACUCGGCAUGCGCCACAUGCAUGGCGGAGGAGCGGGUCGAGGAUGCGAUGAUGCAGGCUGUGGAAGCGUACGUGCGCGGCGAGACAACAGAGCUCGACCUCUUCGCCAACGUCGAUAUCGACCUACACACGCCGUCAGAGGCAUCCUCUGCCAAGGACGGUGAAGUCAGCGUUGACGGAGCCUUUAGGCAGUCUUCUCUUGCGGCUAACCACGACGACUCGCGCAGCUUGACACGAGGCCUCAGCACAGUCAUCCCCAGCACCUGCAAUGACGGAGGCACCUCUCGUCGGCCCCAGCGCCGGCGCGGCGAUAGCAGACCGUCUGAGGCUCGCGCUUCGCUGCUCACGGAGAAGGACACGGCUGACUUGGCCUCCAACCGGGUGAAGCUGAUGGAGUGA